ACGCUGGUGAACGGUUGUGUGACGGUCCGCUGACACUCGCAGAGAUGGAGAGCGUGCUGGGCCGCGUCGUGGUGAUGGUGGCGGUGGGCGUGGUGGGCGGCGCGCUGGCCAUCAUGCUGGUGCGGGCGGAGGCGCACGCGCGUCACAACAGCUCGGCCUCCAAGGUGGUACUGGAGUCCUCGAUGGACCCCUCCGCCAACGUCACUCGUGAUAACAGUCAAUAUGUCGAGGAGGCUCCAGAGCACCUGGAAUCACAGCUGAUACUAAAGAGGGAGAUCCACGAAGAAGGAAUUCAGGACCGCGAAGAGAAACAAGUUCCUGACAGCGAUAUAAUCGACGGUAUCCUGUCUGUCUUGCGGAGGAAGCUCCUCUCGUAUCCCUUGGACGCCAGUGAAGGCAAGGAGGGGGAAGAGACCAGCAGGCACCGCGUGAGGCACUUCGGCAGGAAGCCUCACCAUCGGAGGUAUGACGAGACGCAGCCGUUGUCUCGCGAGGCAGUCCUUCCCCAGGAGGAUGCCGCCCAGGCCAGUGCCGGCCACCAAAGCAAUGCCACGACUCACGCUAACAACACCACCCACACCUCCGCCAACAGCUUCAGUAACACAAAUAACUCCAUUAGCAACACCAGCGAGGCCGGCGGCGAGCCCGCGCCUCGAGGCGAGGACGACUUGCCUCAGAGCAACAAGGCAGGAGAACAAAGUACAAGACCGAGGCUGUUUGACGAGGUCCGUGACGCGGUCCUACUGGCGCUGCCUCUCUCUCUCCUGCUCACGCUCCUGCUGGUCGUCUGCGGCGCCUGCUGCUGCUGCCGUUACCGAGCCCGCCUCUACCACGACCAGGAUCCGUUGACGCGCCAUGCUGAGGGCGAGGAGGAGGACGACGAGAACCGAGAGUGGACGCCGCUCGGGCUGGGGCUGUGCGACGCGUGCCUGCCCGACAUCUCGUACCAGGUCCACCUCGCAAAGAAGACGCGGCCCUCGAGGAAGCGCCGCCUCGACCCGCCCCUGGGACUCGCCCUCGAGCACUCGGACGCCGCCUCGGGACAGCAAGGCCUCAAGUGCCACCCUCCGCUCUACAAGCUCCUCUCGAACUUGCCUCCGGGCGAUAAUGUGCUGCAGGACGGGCGCGUGACGGAGCCCGUGGCGCCCUUGCUGAGACGAUCGCAGUCGCUGGAGCACCUCAGCGUGUGAGCCGACGGGGGCCGCGCGGAACCGAGGAACUCGUCUCUCGUCUCUCUCGCUCUCCUUUCAUCUCUCUGACUCUCUCUGUCUCUUUCUGUGUCUGUAGCUUUUUACGUGUUCACAUUUAGAUAUGCAUUUGUAUAUGCCUAUAUAAAUGCAUACAUACUUAUAUACACACACUCACCUACACAUUUACAUAUUCAGGCACACACACACAAACACACACAUACAUACAUACAUACCUGC